AUGUCGCACGCCCAUUUCCACCGUCAUGAAAGACGGAAUUUCAUUUCGGACGUGGAGGAUUUCUUUGGGGUCAAUUACGCAAAGGGUCCACAGAGUACUGUAACUGAAACUGCGUCGAUUGUAUACGUGACUGCGUCGCCAACCUUCACCGGCCCAAUCGGUGGUUAUAUCACGGGCACAGAUACUGCCAGCCCUGCGGAUCCAACUACAACCGCAGGAAAGGGUGCUCCUGUAGCUCAGUCAUCAACAAAGACAACCGCCGCGAGUUCAAAAUCAGACACAUCUACCACCACUAAGGUUCCUGCUCCCACGACUCAUACUACUUCAACUCUCUCGACAACGUCAACCUCGCUGUCCGACUUGUUGACCACCUCGAGCGAUCCUCCUGCGACAACUUUCUUGACGUCUUCUUCAACGCAAUCUGCAUCUUCCACUUCAACCGAUACAGCACUAGACCAGCUCUCGUCUUCUCCCACUGCUUCUCCCACUACUUCUGCAGCCGCAUCCACUUCCAAUGGUCUUACAGGAGGUGCCAAAGCAGGAAUCGCCAUUGGUGUCUUGUUCGGCGUUGGUCUUAUUGCUGGAUUGAUUCUGUUCUGGCUACAUAAGCAGAAGAAGAACAGAGAAGAAGCGGCUGCUGCUGCCGCUGCUGCAGAAAAUGAGAAAUUUACUCCAAGUCAACCCCCACCAAUGACUAGCGCUCAGUCACCACAGUCAAUGGCAGCUUACUCUUCUGCGCCGUCAACUCCAGCGACUGCCCCUCAAGUCAGCUUGCGUCCGAUCACUCAGUUCAACCCUUUGUUGAGCCAGCCUGGUGGUGCCAAUCCUUACGCCGCUGGUGCUGUAGGUGCUGCCGUCGGUGGUGCUGCUGCUGCUGCCGGUGGCCUACAAGUAAAUCGGUCAGCUGAACGCCCUUACAGCGGCUCAGCACAUGUUCCUCCUCAGUCUCCUCGUCAAGAUCCAUUCACUGAUCCUGUUAAUCCUUUCGAUAAUGGAGCGCAAACUGCAUCUCCUCCUAUGCCCCCUGCUAAAGAUGCAUCGUCUCCAGUCAGGGAUUUGACGCCUUCGCCUACCGGUAGUGCCCACAACUUGGCCAGCCCUAUUGCUGAAGAACCGUCCGCUGGGUCAGUAGAAGCUGCCGCUGCCGGUGCUGUCGCAGGUGCUGCUGUUGGCGCUGCUGCUGUUGCGGCCGCUGCUGCAAAGUCCGAUGACAAGCCAGCUGAAUCACGAACACCGUCGCCUGAAUAUGUUGAAAAUGCUGGAUCUCGACCUCAAUCCCCAGUUGUCGGUGGUGCCGGUGCUCCAGUUAGUAACGUUCACCGUGUUCAAAUGGACUUCACGCCUUCCCUGGCCGAUGAAAUGGAACUUCGCGCCGGUCAGCUUGUCAGACUCUUGAAGUCGUACGAUGAUGGAUGGACUCAAUGCUCCAGCAUGGAUGGCUCAGUCCAGGGUAUCGCACCACGCACAUGUCUCUCUGCCCGACCUCUACAGCCUCGACGCUCGCCUGGACCUAACGGACCUGGUGGUCCUCGUGGUCCACCCAUCAUGGCUCCCAAUGGAAGGCCCAUGUCCCCAGCAGGUGGCCGAAUGGGACCUCCCCCUCAGAUGAAAGGAGCUCCUCCACGUUUCUACAAUGACGGUCGCCCUAUGACUCCAACUGGUUCCGGAAUGCCGCAGUUUCCACCACCUCCUGGCACUCCACGAGCCAUGUCACCUGGACCCGGCCGUGGUGUCGAUGUUCCGCGCCCAUUAACACCGGGAGGAUCACGUCCUGCUAGCCCUGCUGGGGGGCGAUCGCGUAGCAACAGCGCUAGUGUUGCUCAAAUGGGCGGACGUCCUGCCAUGCAUCGAGGAAGUCAAAGUCCUCUAGCUCCACCAACUGGUCCUUUACCAGGCCCUCCUAUGCAACCUGUACAGAGCCCUACCGCAGCCCCGGCAGCACCAGCACCUCAAGUCCAGAAUGAUGCACGUCCCGAGCCAGCUAUAGAAAGGAAACCCGUUCCCGGUCAACAAUAG